CAAGUCGAAUUUUCUUUGUCACUACCCAGAACGCCGGUUAAAAGGUUCCAAAAGUUUGGUUUUCCGGAAGCUGGAUUUUACCCCAAUCACCUUCCGCUGUGUUUUUGUUUCCGUCUACUCCCGGUCACAGAUUUGAAAAUCAAUUUGUAGACUAUGAAGAACUAGCAUUUGGUUACUGUUGUUAAGUGCCGCAUGACCACUGCCUCUCUUUGGAAAGCCGAAGGAUCUCCUUAGUGGUCCUACUAGUUGGACAUGGGGAAGAUCUUAGUCACUCGACAAGAAGUUACUACUUUUCUAACUACCCUGCCCCUUCCUCAUUCUCCACUCUACACUUAACUCUGUUCACAUGGAUUCACGCGGCUUUUUCAACCUUUUGCUGUGAAGCUAUGAAAUGAAUAACGAUAAGACCGAAUCUUUGCGUCAACGGGUGCAGUUGUUGCGAAAAGAACUUGAAUUUAAACGAAAACUGUUGAAAGCAAGUCUCUAUCACGUCAUGUUUUUAGAUUUCUAGAGCGCGGAAAAGAAAACCAAACUAUCGAAACAUUUGUCAUGCAACUCCGUGGAUAAAGUGAACAGUAAGCGAAUGCUUCCGUGCAAUCGAGUCUAGCUUCCGCGAAUACCGUCCCGCCUUUUACGCUUCACGAUAUCGACGGUGUUAAAUUUGAACAUCCGUCAUGCGUAAUGAUCACAUCUACGUGUUUGCUGGACAGAGCCCUGACCAUCGCCAAUCUGUUAUGCGUUUUGUCGAAUUCUGAUGAGCUUCUCUUUGCUGUCACUUCACCGAAGUCGACGGAAGUUCGGGUGAUUUGGCGCAAGCAUAUCCGCGCGGACACAGUCGCUUUCUUGCGUAUCAUUGCUCACCCGAUUCCCCAUUCCAUUACUCCGAAUGUGGGCGUUGUUUUGGCGCAGCAAUUUCAACAGACAGAUUGUGUGCUGGUUUCUCUCUACCUUUUUCAUUGCCCUACUGAUGCUUAUAUGACUUCUACGCACCUUUGUGAUGUGAUAACUGUUCCCUUACCCCGCAAUCCGAAUGCCUCCCUAACCGAUUUGCGGCCUUUUCCCUCCACUUUAUUUGGAUCUUUCCGCAGUCGUGUAUCGCUUUUACUUUUUUCACCCGUCUGUCUGAGUUUUGCUCUUCUCGACAUAUUCGAUUCACAAAAGGAUGAGCAUCUUUGCCUCCGUUUGGUCCGUUCUUGGUGCAUUGAGAACUCAAUUCAAAAAUGGAAUGCAAUUUUGUCUUCGUACACCUCGGGUGAUUGCCCUGACCAUACUGUACUCAGUGUACACUCGUCUACUCAAAAUUGCGACCUGAUUGGCUAUGUCUGGCAUCCGGACCCAGCACUCCAUCGUCAAGACUAUUUUAAAUUUAACAUCCCAGCUGAUAUCACGGGAAACUGUACCCUGAGCCUACAACAGUUGGUUUCCGCAGCUCUCAACGGUUCCCCUCCCAGUGUCGUGAUAUCGUUGCUCUUGGAACUUACACGUUCAUCGGAUUGCGGCACGCGGGUGUUUCUUAUCAUCGCCACUUUAGUUAACGAGCACUGUUUCAUAUUGCGUUUCAUUGAUAUCUUGGGUCUUCAAGCCCCCAUUGCUGAUACUCUUUGGCUUCUUCUCCCUACUCCUGAUGAUACUCUAGCACAGUUAGUUGUCUCCGCCAACGUACGAAGUGCUGGCUCUUACUCAGAACUCUAUCUUUCUGCUUGGCCUGUCAAUGCACUGCUAAGUAACAGUGAAGGGGGGUGUACCCAACCGGUGAGCGUUUUCUCAUCUGUCAUUCCAGCCGAUUUUACUUUUUGCCUGUUUCCCUUCGAUUCUCCACACCGCACCUUUUCCACAAUUUCUCCAAUUCUAUUCGUUUUGUGGUACAACCGUGUGACUUCUACAUUCCGUAUGUUCUCUGGCCUAUAGGGACGCGUCUGGAAGCUUCCCCAUCUUGUCUAGUCUGUCCCGAUUGACUCCGCGCUACGCUUCUCAGGAGAUCUGCUGUUCAUCGGUCUUCCGUUUUCACUUAGCGACUUAGGCUGUUUAUUGAGUUUCUGUACCUAGUGGUUGCCUCGUUAUAUGGCGAUGAAACGUGUUGGGAAUCAAGCCAACUCUCAACGUCCGCAAGUUUUUAUACAAACUCCCCGUGGUUAUAACUUGUCCGCUUUUUGUAGUCUUACUUUGUUUCUCUUCUACCCAAUGCAUUGAGUGGAUGUGUGCGAUUGUUUCCCAACUUCCUUCGUAACAGUCGGCAGAGAUGUUUUCCUGUUAAGUUUACCCGUUUGUUCUGGGGGUUGCGAAGAGACAAUUCCUUGUUUUUACCAUUGCUCCCCGUUCCACUGUGAUAACUUCAAAAUACUGUUGGUUUUUCCUAUGCUGGUUUUCAUGGUUUGUACCUAUCAACUGAAUAUUGAAACAAGACAUUUUUGUUAUACCUCCCUGAAAAGAUAUCGGAUAACGUAAUUAGUAUGGUUGAGCUGUCGUAUUGUGC